AUGACCCAGAUUCUGCACGUUCCGAGUAGUGACCACCGCUGGUCCGAGAUGGUACCACCCCAUACGGCCCUCACGUUUGCGGCAGUUUGGGACCCGUUGGAAGGGAUGAUCACCUUCUCUGGAGCGCAUCUGCUUGAUUCCGCCAGCGCGACCGGUCCAAACGCAGUCGCUUCUGAGGCACCGCGGGACGCCUUCGACAGCCAGUCGCAGGUCCUCACUAUUGACGCCCUUGCACAGGCGCUAGCAAGUACCGCGCCAAGCACUGCGUUUAUGCUGGACAAUUACUACUCAGAUGGGUACGACACGCAAACGAUUGACUACUCGUCGGUGGUCCCCCAUUGGGUAUCAUAUCCACCUGGCACGAAACUCUCUCCGCCAAGCCCCGCAUUCGCUUCCUCGAUCGCGCUCGGCGUCUCUCCGCCUUCACUCUUACAGGGCAAUGAAUCGGAUUACCGAGUGCUCCUGAGGACAUGCAUUGAGCACGCUCGCCUGGCGCAUUCGCGCCGCCAGCGCUCAGAAUAUCCACGUCUCAAAACGCCCGAGAUUUGCAUCGAGACUGCCACCGUUACGGACAGGGGGGACCCUGUCGUCGAUGAAGGCUUCUGCGAGUCAGUGAGGUUGACUAGUAGAGGAUCGUUUGGUACUGCCCCGGUUCUCGUAGAUCUGAAUUUGAAAUCGGCCUUUUCCGUCACGACUACUUCCACGACGAACUACGUUGAAGUCGAUUUCCCGCCGGACACAGAAAGCGCCUUGGCAUGCGCAGGCGGCGCGGCUCCACAUGACGCGGAAGUGCGAUCAUCGUCGUCCUGGACGGCGCUGAACGGCCUGGAACGCUUCUGCUUCACUGCGCCUUUCGAACAGCAGCGCCGACGCCUCAAGAAACACCGUAGCGACGGUCGCAGGUCUCCGUUGGUGUCCAUGCACAGCCGAAGUUCCUCCUCGAGCUCAAGCUCGAACUCUGCGCCUGCAAGCCCUGCGGAGGUGCUCGCGCGCGAACACUAUAACCACGUCUCUCCCUCGUCCCCGCCGUGUUCCCCGGCUACCCACUCGCCUCCGCUUCCGCUUCCGUUGCUAAACCGCAGGAAGCCCAAGGCGAACAAGGCGGAGGGUUGUUGCCCCAAGACGCGGUUGUUUGACCGGCUAGGGCGGGUGAUGCGGCACGACGACGAAGAAGGCUGGGUGUGCGUCGACGUCACGCAGAUAGUAACACAGCGGUUGAUAUAA